AUGAAGUUCAUUUCAGAAGCCAUACAUGGUUUCCCAUUUACGGUCGCUUUUGAAAUUCGAUACUAUAACAAAGAAAAACGUACGUAUGAGAAAUUUGAACAGGGAAAACUUUUACAAGUGAAUUUGCUUGUAAACUUAGAAACAACUCUUCAAGCUUUUCAAGAAAAAAUAAACGAUAUCUAUAUCGAAUAUGCAAACCAGUAUAACAUUGACGAAGGAGAGUACCAUCUCGAUAUUAUAUAUGACAGGAAAAAUGCAACUGUUAAAAUCAAUAGAAUAGAAGACCUUGGAGAAGACGUUUAUAUUUCUACAAAAUAUAACAACUUGGCAUGGUAUAGGUUUCUGAGGAUGUUAAAUCAGCCUGCAUGGUAUCCAGUACACCCGGACUAUUAUGAAGUCGAAAACCCUAAUGGAACAUAUGAAAAUGUUUUCGACUCAGAUGCUAUUAUAGUUCAUGCUUCAUUUUCUGGCGCCCAAAACUCUUUUUUAUGCUUGGCAAAUGACUUUUACGAAAAACCUACAAAGCUAUAUGAACCACCGAGUGGAAGUAUUUCAGACUUUCAAGUAUGGUUUACAACAGAUGGAAGAAAGAGAAUAGUUCCAUUAUACCAUGCGUUUUACUUAGAACUUAGUCUCAUAUACAACUACUAUCGAACGGUAAAAAUAUGA